AUGUCGUCAAACAUUCACGUCUUCGUCCGUUUCAAAGAGCAGAGUAUUUUUGCUGGAGAAGAGAUACAAAGCAUCAUUACGUUCAAGAAUGUGGCUAACACACCAGACGACAUCACUUCGGAGACCAAGACAUGGCGUCCCAGAGGAUGGGUUCCCUUUGCAAACCCUGCCGAACAUUCAGGAGAAAGUGGAUCAUUGAGCUCGCAAACCCCUCGACUUACAGCAAUCAACAAUCAUGGAGCGAGGAAGGCAUCCAAAAGUGGUCAUCGAAACAAUGCUUCGCUCAACAUCCCGUUUAUAGCCUCCCCCGUUCCGAGAUCAGCCUCAUGGACAGCAUCUCCUGUUACUCGUUCCGGACCCGUUGAUAAUCAUCAAAGAUCAGUGUCCAUCAUCUCGCUGGGUUCUCCUGAUGCCGGAAAAGAUGAAGGACAAAGACCUACUCUCCCACAACGGUCCCGACCAACAUUAAACCAUGGCCGAUCAGCCAGUCUUCAAGUGCAGCACAGAGGGAAUGAUGAGAACUACCUUGAGCUUUCCUCAGCGUUUGGAACUCCUGAACUUCAGGCUUCUAUUCAGAACGAAGGUAACCUUCUUUCCCGCCCGCAAAAACCGCGACGGAAAGAUUGUGCAGAUGCUCAACAUGCAAGUAUUUCUGGUUCUACUGGGAGUCGAAGUCGCAAGCUCAGCCCACCUCCACAGGGUUUCAAUUUCCCUUCUGCAUCUGAAGAAACGUCACUUGCCGCUCCGCCUACUGAUCGUUCACGACCGAGCUCAAAUCCGCAGUCAACCGACGAAGCGCUUCAGACGGCGAAGUCGCUUACGCUGGAAACAAUGGGCAGUCUUGGACAGGCAAUCAAAGUUCUAGCUGGUACCAGCGUUGUUGGAAGCAAUCGAAGUAGUGGAGAUUUUCGCUCUCUCAGCAACCCGUCGCAGGAGACCUUGCUAUCGGAACAGGCUUCAAACUCAUUUGAUAGGCAUGUCUUUCGGUCUCCACCAAUGCGACAACAUUAUAGAGCGAGUUCUACCUCGAAGCCGAAAUGGAUCAGCGAAACGCUGUUGAUGGGCUAUGCUCAGGUGAAUGCCACCUUCACUUUAGACGGGGCUCUCGUGGAUCAGACACCUUUCGAAGAAGUCAAGCGUAAAGGCUUUCUAGGAGGACAGGCCGGUGGUGGUGUUGUCGGUGUUCAGACCUCCUCGAACGCUGGUGGAAUUCUUGGCGGAUUCACCCUAAACAGCAUUGGCGAGUCCCUUGGUGGUCUUCUAGGAGGAGCGGACCUGAGCAGCCUCAAAGAGAUGAAGGGGUUAGCCUCAACCCGUGCCAUCCCAUUGUUAUCCACUCCUCAAUCUCUUCUUUUCGUGGACCUGACUUUAGCUCCGGGAGAGGAGAAAAGCUUUUCAUUCCGUUACAUCCUGCCCAGAGGGCUCCCAGCCAGCUACAAGGGCACGUCUAUCAAAAUCAUGUACAAUUUGACUAUUGGUGUUCAAGUGGCUCCCAAGGCGAAGGCUGCGCAGGCGGUGAGGCGCGUUAACAUCCCAUUCAAGGUAUUCAGCGGGGUUAACGAGGACGGUGAGAUAUUUGGCCACGAUCUAAUGCAGCCGUAUGUGAUCCUGAAAGACACCGCACAAUCAGAAGCAGUCGACUCAACCUCGAAUUUCCCAGAACGAGCUCCGAAUGCACCCGGAAAAAGCACCGAGGGUUCGACCAAAGAGUUUCUGACGUAUGUCGAUAGCUUACUUAACAAGCGUCGUCGCCGUCAAUCGUCUAGCGCUACGAUUGAACCCCUUAGAUACCUCUUAACAACGAAUGGCAGCAGCAUGGCCAAGCAAGCGAUCGACAGGGCAAUCCUUCUGAGCAAGCAGAGCUCGUCUUCUCAUCAAAGCUCAAGCCGAUUUGAUAUUGCCAGAAAUGGGAAGAGGAUUGCUACGAUCGUUCUAGAUCGUACGUUGUACCGGCUGGGGGAGUCAGUGACCGCUUCAGUCGAUUUCUCCAAUCCUCAAAUGCCCUGCUAUUCUCUACGUUGCUCUCUUGAGUCCACCGAGAAUGUGAACCCAGCCCUUGCUUUGCGCUCCGCAGCAAGUAUAACACGGUUGUCAAGAAGAGUAUACCGUUUGCAAUCAGAGAACACUCUAUUCGCAGAGAGAAUAGUUUUCAGUCUGUCCAUACCGACCACUGCCUCACCUACGUUGUUGACCAGUGGUGUGAACCUGGACUGGGCAAUACGGUUUGAAUUUGUUACCACACUUGCAACGGAAUCUGUCGAUGAUAAGGAGCAAUCCGACGACAAGGAGCUCCUGGAGAGCGUUACUAAAGACGAACGCGGAACAAUAUUGGCGGCAGUAGAGACGCUGCAAUGCGAGACAUUCGAAGUUUCAAUUCCAAUCACAGUCUACGGUGAUACAAUAGUCGCAGGUACAGACGCCGAAGAGACAGUUGGCCAUCCUAUCUGA